CUCGUCUGGUGCUGAAUAAAUUUCUUGUUGCUCGUCGCCAAAUACUAAAAACAAUUUUGGAACUUAUAAUUAAAAUUAUAAUUAGCACCAGAAUAACUAAAGUAACGUUUUGAUUACUUAACGGGCUGCCAGAUGCCUUCUCAAUGUACAUUCGAGCUCGAUCGCCCCGAACCGAUUUACUAUAGCGGUGAAACGAUCAAUGGAAGGGCUAUUCUGACCACAACCUCCGAGAAAUCAGUAAACGAGGUCUACAUACUCUUCGAGGGCGAGGCGAAGGUGCGAUGGGAGGAGAGCAAAUCGAGGAGAGGCAAUGGCAGGACGCACCACUACACUGAGUACUACCGGGGCAAUCAGACGUAUCUGAACACCCGCACCAAUGUUUUCGGAUCGGGGAAUCUGCCACCAGGAACGCACAUCUACACUUUCUGCAUUCCCCUGCCUUUGGAUUGUCCCUCUUCUGUGGUGGCAAAGUAUGGAAAGAUUUCCUACGAGGUCUCAGUGGUCAUCGAUCGCCAAUGGAGAUUCAACAACGUAUUCAAGCAGCCUCUCACUGUACUGCAAACCUACAACCUCAAUAUGAGUCCUCAACUGCUGAUGCCCCUGAUGCGCGAGGACAUUAAGCACUUCUGCUGUUGGCCCUGCAGCUCGGGUCCGGUUCUCUCGACCCUCACAAUACCCUUUGGUGGCUAUGCUCCUGGUCAGAGGAUCCGCUUCACCCUAGAGAUCGACAACCAGUCGGGUGGCUAUGACCUGGACGGCAUCGAAGUGAAACUGAAGCAGACCUACGUGUUUCAGGCAUCCACUCCUCACCAUAAAACCCGCGAGAAGGAUCACAUCCUGAACGAGAGCUGCCAGCAGGAACGGGUGCUGCGUCUCUCGAAGAGGAUAAUCGACGGAACUCUGGCUAUUCCCGCGGUACCGCCGUCCUCCCGCAACAAUGGCAUCAUUUCCGUCAACUAUAAGGUGAUCCUGUCGAUAAAAACCGGCGACUGCCACGUGGACACUGACUUCGAGGUGCCGAUUGUCAUUGGCACUAUCCCAUUGAUCCAGAGCGCGGAGGACCCCUCGAAUGCAGCUCAGUGGAUACCCCAGACUCCUGAUACUCCGGCCGGAGCUGCUGCAGAUCUUCCGCCCAGCUAUGAUAACUGCAAACCACCGUCCUUCGAGCAUGCCACCAAUGCUGAUGACAAGUUUGUGGAUAUCGAUGUGGACGAGCACAAUCGCACGGAUGACUUCAUCCCCCGUUACCCGAUGUACACCAACUUUGCCAUGCCUUCGGCGCCUCCGCUUUCUUCCGAGGAUCCGGAUACUCCUCUACUCCAGUCCCCUCCAGUUCUGUCGCUUCCUCACAACGCCACUGCCCCAUUCGAUGGCGAUGGUAACCCCAACGAUCGUCCUCCGGCAUCUUACGGUUGGAGUUCCAACCAAUAAACAAAAACCUACCUCCGAUGUAAUCUCACUGAAGGAUUUUAUUAUUUACUUAGCUUAGCUAUUUCGCGUGUUUUAAGUUUAACCUCUCAAAAGAAGAUUACUUUAAUUUAAGAAGCGUUUGUUAAUCGUUUAUUUGCGUUGUAAAAGUAGGUUAAAGAAAAUUGUAUCGCCUUAGUUCCUUCAAAAGGAUAUUCUCUCAGGGACAGACAUUUUAAAAAAGUGGAUUAAAAUAUGAUAUUUCACAAUUGUGUUACCAUAAAAAGUUAAUUUGUAAGACACUUAAAUAUUUAAAUAAACUCUGCCAUAAAUAUUCA